UUUCGUUCCGAGAGGCUAAUUGUGGCCAAAGAAAGGCGCUGUUUAUAUAUAUUUACUAUUACAUACUUCUUAUAUCAGUGUCUCGCCUUUGAGGUCCUGGGACAUGUCUGGACAUGUCCGUUGAAAUUCAACUCUCAUCAGCAAGAAGUGAUCUUCAAAGAACCGAGACCAAAAUUUAUACAAAAAUUUAUAUUUGCAGUAUAAUAUGAAUUAAUAUUGACAAGGAAAUAUAUGAAAUCUUCAGUAACUGAUUUUGGAGCAAAAGAAAGGGUUGCUUGACCUAAUUAAAGGAACCAAUUUGGCUAAAAUCCACUAAUUGAAAACUACAAAAAUGGGGUUCAAUGUUACAUUUUGUAUUUAAAAUUACAGUUACAAAACAGAAUUGUUGGUUUUCUGUGAAAUUAAAAGUUAGUUUUUAUAUUUUAAUAAUUCCAUAAAUACUCAAGAUAAACCUUUUAUAAGCGUCUCUAAACUUUUACCUACAAAUAUAAAAUUGAGCUACGUUAACAACCACCUUUUUAAAUAGUUUUAUUUUCAAUAUUAAUAAUUCGCGUCUAAGUUUCCUUAACAGAAUAUUUUAAAUAAAUUUCAUAAUAAAAAAAAUCGUGAAUUUUAGCAAAAGGUUCUUUCCACAUAAUUCAUUUAAUUGGGUGCAUAUAAUUGCAUUAUAUUUACUGAUGUUUCCAUUAAAUUCCUUGUUUAAUUUGUGAUUGGAUUUUCAUCGUUUUCAGUCGUUAUUGUACGCCUUGGGCGAGGAAAUUGAAUUUCAGAUUUUUUACCUCUUCGAAAAAUAUUUCAACUCACCAAGAAUAAAGAGCUGGAAAAUUUUCAAAAUUAAGCAGGGCACUUAUUUUUAAUUAAUUAAUUUUUUUCAAAUGUCUGAAAUUCAAAGCAAAUUCUCUCCAAGGCGACUCUCUUCCCCUACUGGUGACACGUCUCAGCAACAAUUCAGUCUGAAUCUGGCCUCCCCAGACCUGUCCUUGGAGCUCUUUUGGCUCUCUGAAUGGCCACAGUACUCGGCCCUUACGUUAUUAUUACUAUACAUGCAAACUUAUAUAAAAUAUAAUUUUACAUAAAUCCCUGCAACGUGAUAUAUCCGCUGAUAUAUAUUCUCUCUAUAUAUAAAAAAAAAAAAUUAAAUUCUCGUGUUGCAUGCGUUUGAUAUUAAUUUGCUCGGUCUGAGCGCCAUGACACCUGGGGCCGGCCCUAAGCUGGGUCGGCCUGCUGAGCUGCUGCAACACGUGUCCACCCUCUCGUGUGCUGCUUUUUGUGGUGCAGUCUGUCUGAUACUCGCAUUUGUCUGUUUUUUUACUGUGCAUCUCGUGGAAAACCACAUUAAACCAUGCCAAUUUAACUUGAAGAGCCAGGUGAUGACGACCAACGUCUGGGUGGAGCAGAAAUGGAUCGAUUACAAACUGCACUGGGACCCCGAGGAUUACGGCGGCGUGGAAAUGUUGUACGUCCCGUCAGAACACAUUUGGCUCCCCGACAUCGUCUUGUUCAACAACGCCGACGGAAACUACGAAGUGACGCUGAUGACAAAAGCAACUUUGAAGUACACCGGCGAAGUGGUGUGGAAACCGCCCGCCAUUUACAAGUCAUCCUGCGAGAUCAACGUCGAGUAUUUCCCUUUCGACGAGCAAAGCUGCAACAUGAAAUUCGGCUCGUGGACUUACAAUGGAAUUCAAGUUGAUUUGAAGCACAUGGAGCAGAAAGCUGGCAGCAAUUUGGUCAAAAUUGGAAUUGAUCUGAGCGAAUUUUACUACUCGGUCGAGUGGGACAUUCUUGAUGUUCCUGCGCGCCGAAAUGAGGAAUAUUACCCUUGCUGUGCUGAACCUUAUUCAGACAUCACAUUCAAAUUGGUGAUGCGUCGAAAGACCCUUUUCUACACGGUCAACCUGAUCAUCCCUUGCGUGGGCAUCACCUUCCUGACCGUGCUGGUUUUCUACCUGCCCUCCGACUCCGGCGAGAAAGUGACCCUUUGCAUCUCGAUCCUGCUGUCGCUCACUGUGUUCUUCUUGCUGCUGGCCGAGAUCAUCCCGCCGACAUCGCUGGCCGUGCCGCUGCUUGGCAAGUACCUCCUCUUCACCAUGAUUCUCGUCACGCUCUCCAUCUGCGUGACUGUCUGCGUGCUCAACGUCUACUUUAGAUCGCCGUCGACGCACAAAAUGUCUCCGUGGGUAAAGACCGUAUUCCUGGACGCAAUGCCGCGUAUCCUGAUGAUGCGCCGGCCCCACUACUCGCCCAGGGACCACUAUGAGCACGACGAGCCUUUUGCAGACAACGCGUUCCCCGGAGAUUUCAGGGAUGGAUUGGGCGAUGGGUUCCAUGACGGGAAAAUGAGCCCUUUGUCGUCACCCUUCGAGUCCAGCUUCAAGCAUGAUUUGGAAGAUCAUAUGGAGGCUCAUUCAUCAGAUCACCAUGAGGUGAUCGCAGGUAGGCAGGCGUCGCCCGAGUUGCUGGCUGCCCUGGAAGGCGUUCAGUUCAUCGCCCAGCACAUGAAGGACGCCGACAUUGACAACGACGUGGUCGAAGACUGGAAAUUUGUCUCGAUGGUGCUCGACCGCUUCUUCUUGUGGGUCUUUACCUUGGCGUGCAUCAUCGGGACGCUGUGCAUCAUCUGUCAGGCACCAUCUCUCUACGACACGCGGCUGCCCAUCGACCAGAAGCUUUCCGAUAUUCCCUUUGGAAACAAUCCUUUUAAAUACCCGCCUGAUAAUUACGUCAAACAAGAACCGACCCUUUAAGAACGAAAGGAUCAAUUGUUAUUUUUGCCGACAAAUAAUCUGGUACUUGAUUAUUAAUAAUUAUGAUUCAAAAGGAAUGAUAUCCUCAAUUUAUGGUGGCUCAACUGCUGUCAAAAUAUGGCACAUUUUAAUUAAAAAAAUAAAAGAAACAUUCAUUACAUAAUACGGUGUACUUAAUAAAUAAUUGUGUAAAUAGAUAAAUUCAAUGUUUGCAAUAAACAAAAAUACUUUACCAUUAAUUGGAUGAAACAAAUUACGUAACGAAAACAGAUUUCUAUUGUUGAAAUAUAUAUUGACGCAUACAAGCACUUUA